AACUGUCAGCAAAGAACGUCUAUUGGCUCAUUGGAUUGUCAGUCUAUAUGGUUAGUUUUCCGGGGUUUCUAUUGGCUUGUGUUGCUGUCAGUUGUCAAUGACGGUGUGGCUGAUUUUCGUGGUGCGCUGUUGUAACAACGAGAGUGGAGUCGUCCUGAGCAUGACGGGGAGGUUAUAGCCCUUGGGUUGUGUAGCAUCGUCAGUUAGCCACAUGUAUGUUUGUGCAGAGCUGCUCCUCUGUUUUUUGAGGCAAGAUUCUCGCUAACAUACCAAGGGCAUAUAAAUGACAACUUCAUUUUUGAGACGCUAUUGUUAGCAGUUGUUUUGGUUUUUUCUAAAACUGGAUGAUAUUCCCUAGUGUGGAUAUUAGGCGCAAUCACAAGUCACCCGACUACCGCUGGAUAAAAGCUGCCAAGGUUAUUUGGAAAAGAGAGUCCGAUCCAGGUUUUCCGGCCAGCCCAGCGCUCCGUGAUUCAAGCAGUCCGUUCCAGUGAUCCGCUCCAGGUCUUACUAUCAAUCCACCAGGCAAGCAUGCAGACGGCAGACACACGGAGGAUCCGAAUGGAUAAAAAUGCACGAAAAGUUCGGAGUCAGGACGUGAACCCAUGCAUCGAUGAGAGUGAUGCCUCCCAGAAGUGUUUGGAUGCCUCAAACUAUGAUAAGAGCAUGUGUUCAGCCUAUUUCCAGAGAUACAAAAACUGCAGGAAAUACUGGCACAACAUAAUGCUGCAGAGGAGAAGAGACGGUGUGAGACCUGACAUGCCCACUGCUGCAGAGAGGCAGGAGAUGCUCACUGCUAUCGGAGGCAAACCUUACUGAGAGUCAGCAGGGUCACACGGACACUGUGAAGAGCAGUGGGCCCAAGCCAGUACAUUCUGAUGAUGCCACCACAUUGCAUUGGCCAGGUGUAUACUGUGAUGCAAGGCCUGACCUGUCACAGAGACAAGAUACAAGAUUCUUUGUUGAGGUUUAUUAAUAAUAUGACAUCAGCUGUUACAGCUUGAAAAAGUUAAAGAGCUUUUGAAGAUUUUUUGUUUUGGUUUAAAGUAAAAAGUCCUGUACAUGUAUUAUUAUGGUAUCACUAAUCUGAUUUUUCACUGAAGUCACACCUGCUGAGAUCCUGUUAUGUGUUGUUGUCAUCAUGAAUAUUCAAGGAGACAUGACUGAACCCACGGGUUCAAAUAUAUGAUCUGUUUCAAGGACUACUUCAUCUAUGAAAUCUAAAGCAAGCUGGGCACUAACUCAACUUACCGACAUGGUGAAGUGUGCACAUUGUGAUGGGCAUCUAUCAUCUGUCUGUCCUUAAUAAAAAUUAAUUAUUUAGGUUUA